AUGGCAAAGAAACGCGUCAUACACUUUGCCCUUGUACUUCUCGGCCUCAUCUUGUUGGGAACUGUCCUCGUUCUCUCAUCCGUCUCCUACUACCUCGCCAUCAAUUCCACCGCGUAUCUGUCUGAACUCGAGGUUCCUGUGCUGGGCAACGCGACGAGAUGGAACGCAUCAGAACAUGGCAUGGUCGAGCGCAUACCACGCAUUCUCCACCAGACCUGGAAGUCAGAAACUCUCCCAUCUCGCUGGAAAGCCGUCUCCGAAGGAUGUCGUGAAAUGAUGCCAGACUACGACUACAUGCUCUGGACAGAUGCCAGCUCCAGAGAAUUCAUUGCAGAACACUACUCUUGGUUUCUCGACACCUUUGAUAAUUACCAGUUCACCAUCCAGCGCGCCGACGCUAUCCGUUAUUUCGUGCUCCACCAUUACGGUGGUGUCUACCUAGACCUCGACAUAGGGUGUUUACGACCUCUUGACCCUCUACUCAUCUAUCCCGUGAUCCUGCCUAAAACGAUCCCUGUCGGUGUCUCCAAUGACCUCAUGUUUGCUGAAAGGAGACAUCCUUUCCUCGCUCAGACGAUCCAUAACCUUGUCACGUUUGACCACUCUUGGAUCCUAAACUACCCAACGGUGAUGUUCUCCACGGGCCCAAUGUUCCUUUCGGCACAGUAUAGUAUCUACACUUCGUCCCACCCCUCCGAGCCCGGGGAACCCAGUGACAUUCGCAUCUUACCAAAGUCUCUCUAUGGAAAAAACGCAAAAGAAAAUGAAGCACCGCACUCAUUCUUCUCUCACUUCUAUGGAAGCAGCUGGCAUGCAGACGAUGCUGCAUUCAUCGGGUUUUUGGGCCAGUGGGGAAAGGUUUUGCUCUGGGUUGGGUUGUUUGUCUUGAUUUUCGGUGCUUAUCGACUCGUCAUGCCAAGCAAACCGAGCUACAAUCUAAGGAGGAUCGGAGGUUACGAAGUUUUGCUGCCCAGAUGGAACCAGCGGAAUGGUCGCUGGCAUCUCGACAUGCGAUGGUCUUCACUGCCCCCAUCUGCCGUUUCGACUCAACCACCAUCACCUGCGACUUCCGUGCCGCAGUCCCCCCUAGAAGAACACGUUUCCCUACUUCCAUUGCCUUUCGAUGUUCGGCCAAACUCACCUGCGUCUUCUUCUGAUGCUUCUUCUUUCGAAGCGUUCCCUUCAGCUGGACUUCGGGGAGGCUCUUUGCUCAGCGACGCUGUUCGUCGUCUGAGGGAUCGACUUAAUAUGUUGAUUUCCCCCCAUACAAGCAACCCAGCUGUUGCCCGUUUGCGGUACAGCAGCAGGCGACAGCGGUCACGAGGAGUGCUAUUCUUCCUUCCAGCUAUUUUUACCCAAUCCCAGGUUGUGGAAUUACCUCCACGCAGUCCUCCACCACAGCCCUCCAUUUUUCCGGCUUGUGACCUUCCCCCUGAAAAGGUCCGCAACGCAAGUCGAAGUGGGCCCUUGGGUGGAGAAGAUGAUCCCGGCUUCCGUCAAGGAAGGUCGUACUCUCCGCGACCCCAAACAGACAGUGGCAUAUCAGACACACUAUUCGACGUCGACGUCGAGUCAUAG